AUGGCAUCAUCAAUCCUUGUGAAAGUAUGCAUGCUAAUCUCCUUUGUCUUGUAUGUUCAGCAGGUUUUUUCAUCCUCAAAUACCUCAGAAGCUGCUGCUCUUCUGAAAUGGAAAAACACCCUUCAGAACGAAACCCAGUCCCGCCUAUCUUCAUGGACUUUCCAUCCAAAUGGUCAAACUAAUUCUUCUGCAAAUCGAAGCCUGAGUACAAUUCCAUGCACCUGGCUUGGUAUUUCUUGGGACCCUGCUGGAAGUGUCAUCCAAAUUAACCUAACCAGCUUUGGUUUAGAAGGUACGCUUCACGAAUUGACUUUUUCGUCUUUCUCAAAUCUUGCACGUAUUGACCUCUCUGUGAACGCUCUCUUUGGGACCAUUCCGCAUCAAAUUAUGUAUCUUUCCAAACUCACUUUUCUAGAUUUGUCUAGUAACUUGUUGUCUGGAGAAAUCCCACCAGAAAUUGGCCUCCUUGCAAAUCUUAAAUACCUUGGCCUUUUUGAAAAUCAGUUAAAUGGCUCGAUUCCUAAAGACAUUGGUCACUUAAACUCUCUAACUGUCCUUGGUCUUUACAAAAAUCAAUUGGAUGGUUUCAUUCCGACUUCUUUAUGCAACUUGGGAAAUCUUACAUUGUUGUAUCUUUACAAUAAUCAACUUUCUGGCCCCAUUCCAAAAGAUAUAGGCAGCCUAAAGUUUCUAACCGAGCUUGAUCUCUCAGCAAAUCAGUUGGACGGUUUUAUUCCGACUUCUUUUGGCAAUAUGAAAAAUCUUACCAUGUUGUCCCUUCACCAGAACCAACUUUCUGGCUCUAUUCCUGAGGACAUCGGUCACUUAAACUCUCUAAUUGGCCUUUUUCUUUACACAAAUCAUUUGGAUGGUUUCAUUCCUAUUUCUUUAAAAAACUUGAGAAAUCUUACUUUUCUUUAUCUCUACCGAAACAAACUUUCUGGCUCUAUUCCUAAAGAGAUAUGA